AUGAAGAUCACCUUGGUACUCGUGCUCCUCGCCAUCUGCCUCGGCUGUGUGAUGAUCCACCAGUCGGAGGCUCAGACCGCCACCACCACCACCACCGCCGCCACCACCACCACUUCCGCCGCCGCCACUACCACCACUUCCGCCGCCGCCGCCGCCGCCACCACCACCACCACUGCCGCUACGACCACCACUACCGCCGCCUCCACCACCACUACCACUUCCGCCUCCGCCUCCUCCACCACCACUACCACUGCAUCGCCAUCUUCUACACAAAAAAAGAAGACGGUAGUCCAGCGCAGCGGAACGACAGUGAAACCCGGAAGGCAGAUUAUAAUUACUAGCACCUAG